AUGGAUGUUCCUGUGGCCGCAAACAUACUUGGAGUGACGGGAGCAAUAUGUUGGUCUGUACAGCUGAUCCCGCAGAUUGUGAUCAACUAUCGUCGACAUGACACAACAGGCCUUCAGCCAACUAUGAUGCUCUUUUGGGCUGCAGCAGGGAUACCUCUUGGGGUCUACAACAUCGUAGAAGACUUCAAUGUGGCCCUACGCAUUCAACCACAGCUUUUGACAUUCCUCAGUCUGGUGACCUGGAUUCAGUGCAAGUAUUACGGAGAUCAAUGGCCGCUGAGCAAGUCUGCUGCUAUUUUGACACCUGUGGUACUUCUGAUGGGUGGUAUUGAAUGUGGUUUGAUCUUUGCAUUGCGAAAGGCGAGACGUGAAAUGGUGGAGUGGCCCACCGUUUUUAUGGCUGUACUAUCAGCCUGUCUGCUGUCCGCCGGAGUCUUGCGGCACUACUGGGAUAUCUACAAGGAGAGGACAGUCCGAGGGAUAUCCUUCCUAUUUGUCUUCAUCGACGCAUUAGGAGAUCUGACAUCCUUGACCUCUGUGAUUUUCCAGCGCGAAUUGGAUAUCCUGGGAAUGGUCAUGUAUGGCUCCGAGCUAAUUUUAUGGCUCGGGGUUUUCGCGUGCGGCGGAUAUUGUAAGGAAGCGUCAAUGCUGUCUCCUGAUGCCCACGGAUAUUCGCUGACCAGAUUCCCGCUAGUUAAUCUUCGUCCAUGGGUACGGCGGCGGCUGGAGCAACGUCAGUCUGUAGCAGAGGAUCGAGAACUGAGUAACAGUGCAGGAAACGGAGAACCCAGGGCACCGGAAGACAAUCGCCGAGGGUUAUCAUCGAGCUCAUCAACCACCGUUUUCAGAACUGCAUCGCUCAGCUCGUCUCAAGCUGAGCAUGUACCAAAUUCGAUGAGACUCAGGGCAGUGACAGUGGAUCCUAGUGUCUGA